CUAGAGAGAGAAGGAGCUGCUUGCUGUACCAAUGGCAUGAGGAGACCAUGCCUAAACAAGAUACCAAUAGGACAGCGAGAAUAAAAUGAAGAGUGAGAGAGAGCAGGGCGCUUCUCUAGGCAGUGAGGUGAGAAGCAUGUGACCCUCUUCACUCACUUCGCCGAGAAGUCACGCACCAAACGCCACCAAGAAGGCACUUGCCCUCCCCUCCCGUGUCCUCGCACCCUCCUCUUCCGCUUCGCCCCUUCACUUGGCUCGGAGUAUCGGAGAGGGGCGCGCGGCCAUGGCGUCCAGCGCCUCCCGGUUCAUCAAGUGCGUCACGGUCGGCGACGGCGCCGUGGGCAAGACCUGCAUGCUCAUCUGCUACACCAGCAACAAGUUCCCCACUGACUACAUACCUACGGUGUUCGACAAUUUCAGCGCAAACGUAGUUGUUGAUGGCACCACAGUGAAUUUGGGCCUUUGGGAUACUGCGGGGCAGGAAGAUUACAACCGACUGAGGCCUCUAAGCUACCGUGGCGCUGAUGUCUUCGUGCUUGCCUUCUCACUUGUGAGCCGAGCUAGCUAUGAGAAUAUCAUGAAGAAGUGGAUACCGGAGCUUCAGCAUUAUGCACCUGGGGUGCCCAUUGUAUUGGUUGGCACAAAAUUGGAUCUUCGUGAAGACAAGCACUACUUAUUGGACCAUCCUGGGUUGACACCUGUUGCCACAGCACAGGGCGAGGAACUUCGUAGACAAAUUGGUGCUAUGUAUUACGUUGAGUGCAGCUCAAAGACACAGCAGAAUGUCAAAGCUGUGUUUGAUGCUGCCAUCAAAGUUGUAAUCCAACCUCCAACUAAACUCAGAGAAAAGAAGAAAAAGAAAUCACGACGAGGAUGUUCAAUUAUGAACAUCUUCUGUGGAAGAAAAAUGCUAUGCUUCAAAUCCUGAAUGAUUGAAGAGGUCUUUACAUGAAACGAUGGCGUCGGUGUGACCACAAGUUUGCGAAGCUGGAAAUCUGAAUGCGCUUGUUGCACGUGUGUAUAUUUGCACCUUUGGUUAUUAAUCGCUAGGGGGUAGAUGAUUGAAACUAGUCUGCUUAUGCGUUGCGCACUGCUCGUGUGGUUAGCUCUCUGAGUUAGGCAGUUCGACGGAGACCAAAGAGAAACGAGGAGAUUUUGUUUGUCAUGGCAAAGUCACAGCUUUUGAGAAUCUGAAGAACUCUUAUCGUAUUUUCAGUUAGCCUAUUCCGUGAUUCCAUGAUAGAAUCUAUAGCAAGAUUGAGUGGAUUAGUUUAAGUUGUUAAUUUUCGCUUGAGCAUACAAUGUUUCGGUCUUGGUGAAAGUUUACAGCGAGACGUUCAAGCUGAUUAUUCGAAGUUGUAUUGUAGUUACUCUA